UGCGGUGGAGGCCAGAAGACUGCAAGUGGCGAAAAAAACUAUUCAGUGUGUUUAACACUUAUUUUUGGGAAUGCCAUUAAACAGAUAUUUUCACAGGACUUAUUUUUGCAAAUAGUCUUCCCAAAAUUUUUAUUUUGCAGGACUUAAAUUUGCAAAUAUUUAUUCCACAAUAAUUAUUCUGCACAAAUUUAUCCCGCAUUAAUUAAUACACAUAAGGUGGUUCAAUCAUAUAAAAAUGAUUCUUGAGCAGGCAAAUUAGCGAAUUACAGAUUUUAGUUUCUUUUAGACCCGCAGAUUUUGCUAAUAUUUACGUAUCCUGUUAACCUUGGAUAUUUCCUAAUAAUUUAGAUAUUUCAAAAUGGAAAAAACUGGAAUAAAUGCUAAAACACAGAAGAAGAAUGCUAAAACUAAAUUGGACAUCUGCUUUCAGCACUGCUUUACAGAAAGAAUAAUCCAGCGACAUACCCUGGCUGCUGCAGUGUGUGAAAUAUUAAAACAUACAAUGUUUAUGAGAUAUCAAAUACCAACACCCUUUUCUGUGCUUCAAAAUGAAGUAUGUCAUGGUACAGAAGCACAAACACAGACAAUGAUACCAAAGAAAUCUGUAUUGAAAAAAUCAAAAUUUGUUAAAAACUUUGCGCUUUGUUUAAAUGCUGUAAGUGAUAUUGUUAAAUUAGGAAAAGUUCAAAGGAUAUUUGUACUUUUUGGUUCAACUAUUGUCAGCCCAAAAGAGACAAUUACAAUUGAUAUAACAAAAGUUUAUACGGACGACAUGGAAGACAUUGUGAAUACUGAAAUUGAAUCUUAUAGUAAAAAGGUUUGCAGAACAUUAAUGCGUGAAAUUGUUACAAAUGAAGAAUUAGCAAAUAUAUCGAAGUUACCACCCAGAAAGAUAUUCAUUGUAUUACAUUUACAGAAACCAAUGCCACUUGAGUAUACAAGUGACAUUUUUCUACCAAAAGUUCAAUAUAGACUGCCCUCUCGUGGGGUUUUUCAUACAUUCCAAUUAAGCUCACAAGAACAUUUUGAAAAUGUUUGCGAUGGUGUGGUAAAUGGAUUUGGAAAAUUAAAUUUAAACGAGUCAGAUUACUGGUAUGCUUCUACGUUAGAUUUACAUGGAUUCAAAGAAACUUUACCUGCUGCCAAUGGUACAGGCUGGAUGUAGGUCUACUUUAUUGUUUUAUUGACACACAUUGAAUCAGACAUUCAGUUUGACAUGCCAUAUUAGGAAUUUGAAGAAUUAUUAUAUUAACUGGAUGUGGUCGAUUUUAAUCCUUCAUCAGACAUACAAAAGCAAAACAGUAUAAAUAGAUAAUUUUUAAUAGCAAUUAUAGAAAAAUAUAAUUAAUCAAUUUGUUUUUAAAGCAAACUAUAACUGAUUACCGUGAUGGCUUUUAAAAAAUAUAAAUCUAUGUUUUUUUAUUUAAGCUGUACUUUCUAAAACUUGUAAAUAUAAUUUUAUACUGAUUUCUUGGUUUAAAGCGGUAUCAAAAUUCGUGUACACAAACCACCUUAUACAAUUAUGAUUUAAUACUGUCUAGAUAUAAUUGCUUUGUGUUUUUUAAUAUGCUUCUGGUUAUUCAAUUUUUAAAUACUUAUUUUGACAAUUCAACAAGAGGGAAGUUAAAAAAAAGUUGUUUAUCUCGUUUUUUACAAGACACCACAGGGAUGUAUGUAUUAAUAUUAUAUAUAUUUAUAUUUUUAUUUAUAAUUCCUGUAUGUUUAUUUUUGGCAGAUUUCUGGAAAGCUAGUAAUU